GCCUCCGGUCUGGACUUUUCCAGACUCAUCCAGGGUUCAACCCGCUCCCUUAUCUUGCUCUGAACCCCGUUCGGCAUCGGUUGGUGGGUUCCUAGUGAGGCACCCCGUUGGACACUAGACGUCGUAGUGCUCCUCCUACGUCCACUUUUCUUGCCCCGUUCAAUCUUCUAUCUCCAUAUCUCCAUCUUUCCUCCCCAUCAAAAACCCACUGUACCGCUCCCCCUCCCCCACUCUCAGUGCCCUGAUUCCCUCAUUCUCGACCUAAUUGGCAGCAUCCCCUUCUCCAUAUGUGAUUCUCGACUCUCCCCUGGGUCAACUUACACGGCUGCCAACCGGUUACCUCUACAAUGUGGCCUAGUGUGAGGUUUCUAUUUUGGAACGAAGACGCGCAACCGCCCAUCUAUCUGCCCAUCAUCGAUUCCCAAACCGUGAUAAUCUUUCUUCUUCAAACAUACUGUCGCUACCUCCCUAAUCGCAUAUAUACCCAUCUCGAAACUCGAAUGUUGGCUGGCCAGCAAUGCCUCCUCAAACUACGGAAUUCAAAGACGUAGAUCAGUUAGAUCAAUAUGCCUUCCCAGCGUUCGAUUCCGAUGCGCCAAGGCGACGCCGCCCAUCCGAGAGCACGGUAGAUGACGAUGAAUCUACGGAUGAAUAUAUCGAUAAGAACAAGCUGCGUGUACAUACGAGCUAUGACAGAGGUCCUGAACGCCUCCAUACCCGGGGGUGCUCCCCGAUGUCACCGUUCGAGCAGAAGCAGUCUCAGCAGCUCGACGAUGAGCUCGAGAUGCUGAAGGCGGAGUCGACGGUCAACCAAGCGAACGAGGAAAGAGAAAGAGAAAGACACUCUGAGACCCUGUCGAGAACCAGAUCCCUCGCCCGGACAAGGUCGAGGGUGAAUACCGAGCCGGCGGAUGAAUUUGAUAUCGGCACCACGCCCGUGUAUGAGCAGACCAAGGUGUAUCAGCCGCCCGCCAAACCGGCGACGCGGUUGGCGAAGAUGUUUAUCAAAGUCCACCAAUCGAGUUUCAUCGUGCGGUAUCUGUGCUAUAUCACGCCUGUGGCGCUGGUUAUACUGAUACCACUGCUCCUCGGGGCGUUCCUGUUCAAAGAUGCGACUGUGGGAGACGUCAGGCUGAUGUGGUUUUGUAUUUGGCUUGAGAUCUUCUGGCUUACGCUGUGGCUGGGCCGGAUCAUUGCCAAGUGCAUCCCAUACCCCGUGGGUCUCAUCGCCACCAUCUUCACCAACUCCGAGAAGGUGUGGCGAGACAUGGCAAGGCAGCUUGAAGUCCCCAUCGCGCUCUUCUUCUGGUGGCUCGCCGUGGAAGUCUCCUUCCUCCCAACGAUGGUAAACCACCACUCUGACGGCGACAAGACCACUCGCGGCUGGGAGAAAACAAUGAACAAAGUAAUCAUCUCGAUCUUCGUCUGCGCCACGCUCAACUUCAUCGAAAAGAUAAUCAUCCAACUCAUCGCCAUCAGCUUCCACCUCCGCACCUACGCCGACCGCAUCGAGAUCAACAAAUUCCAAACCAGCUCCCUCGUCAAGCUGUACGUCUACUCGCGCGAGAAAAUCGCCAUGAAGGACUCCGACUUCGAAGCCCCCUCCCCCACCGACGAAUCCACCGGUCUCAAAACCCCCCUAAAAUACAUCAACAAGGCCGGCAAGGGCGUAAAACAGGGCUUCAACCGCGUCGGCAACGUUGCGGGGAGAGUAGCGGGUGACUUUGCCGGGCGCGAAGUCGAAUCAACUGCCCAGCCGCAGCAGGUCGUUAGUCAGCUCCUCAGCAGCACUUCGGGGAGCCAAGUGCUCGCGCGGCGCCUGCAUCGCACGUUUGCGCCUGAGGGUGCGGAGACGGUGUCUGACGAGGACUUGGCGCCGGCGUUUGAUAAUAAUGAGGAGGCGGAUGCGGCGUUCGGGAUGUUUGAUAAGGAUAUGAAUGGUGAUAUUAGUAUGGAGGAGCUGGAGGCGGUGUGCGUGGAGAUCGGGCGCGAGAGGAAGGCGAUUACGGCGUCGUUGAAGGAUCUGGAUUCGGUGGUGGGGAAGCUGGAUGAUUUGUUUCUGUUUAUUGUGGCGGUGAUUACGAUUCUGGUGUUUAUCUCGCUGAUCUCGACGAGCGCGGCGGGUGUGCUGACGAGUGCUGGGUCGGCGGUGUUGGCCUUGUCUUGGCUGUUCAGCGCGACGGCGCAGGAGGUGCUGCAGAGUAUCAUUUUCGUCUUCAUUAAGCACCCCUUCGAUGUCGGGGAUCGUGUUACCAUCUACGGAAACACGGGCGCGGCGGGGUUGGGUGAUGAUUACUUCGUCAAGGAGAUAGCGCUCCUAUUCACCGAGUUCAAGAAGAUGGAAGGACACGUCGUGCAAGCUCCCAACAGCUACCUGAAUACGCUAUUCAUCCUCAACCAGCGCCGCAGUGGUGGGCUCGCCGAGGCGGUCCCGGUGACGAUGAAGUUCGGGACGACGAUUGAGCAGUUGGAGGGGCUGAGGGUGGCUCUGAUGGAGUUCGUGGCGACGGAGAAUAGGGAGUAUCAGAGCAAUAUUCUGACGGAGCUGAGGACGGUGUAUGAGGCGUACAGCAUUAGUAUGAACGUUGUCUUCUUCUAUAAGAGUAACUGGCAGAAUGAGUUGUUGCGUCUGCAGAGACGGAAUAAAUUCAUUUGUGCCUUGAUGGUUGCUAUGCAAGACCUCGGCAUAGAAGGACCCCGCCGCACAUGGGCCGGCCAAAACCCCGAAGCCCCCGUCUACAUGUCCUCCCACAACACCUACACCCCCCCAACCGUCGAACACCCCUUCUCCCCCAGCUCCGGCCCCAGCUCCGGCCCAGGUCCAAGCCCCCACCCCCUCCGCUCCCCCACCAGCGCCUCUCAAUCCCCCUCUCACCCCUCUACGAUCCCCGAGGUUCCGCCAUCGAAACUGGGCAGCUAUCCUUCGAUUCUGAGGCAGAGGGGGAGUAUGAGAGCUGGGAGCGCGAGGGUGCCGGGGGGAAGGAAGGAGAGUAUGGGACAGAUGAGUAAACGUGUUGAUUUCUCGCUCGGGAUGAGUGGGAUUAGUAGCGGGGCGGAUAUGGGGGAUAUUUAUGAUAAGCCGAAGGUGCGCGUCCCUGUCUCGUUCAGGGAAGCUGAGGUGGAGGAUGAGGAGGAGAAAGAAAGGGAGGGGGAGGGGAGAAAAAGUGGUGGGGGGGAGGGAGCGAGUCUGGGGAGGACGGGGAGUAGAGGGAGUGGGAGUGUGAGGAGUAGGAGUAAGAAGGGUGGAUUGUUUGGACGCAAGAGUAAGGAGGAGGGGGCGCCGGGGGAUUUGGAGGCGCAGGUUGGGGGCGGGAGUGGGGGAGUGCAGAUGAGUGAGCUUGAGGGGCGGGGGGAGGGGCAGCAUCUUGCGGGGAUUCCGGAGGUGCCUGGUCGUGGGGAGAAGGUUGGGGGGGGGGAGAAGAGGGAGAAGGGGGGGGAGAAGAGGGAGAGGGGGAGGGCGGGGAGUAGAGAGGAGUUGAUUGGGGAGGAGAGGGGGGAGGGUGAGAAGAGGCAGUGAGUGAGUGAGGGAGGGAGGGUGAGAUGGGGGAUGUGAAUUGGUGAGGGAUAUUCAAGGGGGGUUGAGGGAUUUAAGGAGUUGGGUUCGUGUAGGUUGGUUAUUGAACCUGAACCUUAACCUGAACUUGAGAAACCUGGAAGGGCGGCUGCUCUGCUCAUCGAUGGGGGUCCGAAGUUGGGCCUCUAAACUGGAUGAUGGGAUGGGUAGAGAUGGGUGGUUAUAUAGAAUGACACAAUAUAGAUGGAUAGAUGGAUAGAUUUUAUGAUUAUAUGGCCUACACACAUACACAUACAUACAUACCUGAACACAUAGCAUCAGGCCCAAACGUCGCGCUGGCAUGGCAUAGCUAAGCUACAGAUUAAUGUGGUGACACCACGUCCUCUCCCAAGACGGGUGCAUAACGGCCCGGCGACGACCACCACCUCGAUCGAUGAGGUGCAGUGUACGACCGGCGACCGGCUGAGACUCCGGCCGGGACCAUGGAGUGUGCGGUCUGUACUCCGUAAGCUGUCUAUCGAUCUGUUUUAGCAAGGAGGGGAGUCGGUGAGGUGAGUAUGUAUGUGAAUGUCAUCGCGGCGUAAGUG